UGUCACAGACGUGUCUCGCUGCCAGAGCAUCCUUCCGUCAUGGCGACUCUAUGUAUGAAAUUCUUUGCUAACCUCCCUGUUCUGUGUGUUUUCUUCCUUUUGAUGCUGUGUCUGCCGUCUGGAGGAGGGCAAAAGAAAAAAGAGAACCUCCUGUCUGAGAAAGUUGACCAGAUGAUGGAAUGGUCCUCCCGUCGCUCUGUUGUACGAAUGAAUGGUGACAAGUUUCGUCGCUUUGUCAAAGCACCACCCAGGAACUACUCUGUCAUCGUCAUGUUUACGGCAUUGCAGCCUCAAAGGCAGUGUUCUGUCUGUCGGCAAGCAAAUGAGGAGUAUCAGGUUUUGGCAAACUCAUGGCGCUACUCAUCUGCUUUCUCAAACAAGCUGUUUUUCACCAUCGUGGACUAUGAUGAAGGAGCGGAUGUUUUUCAACAGCUGAACAUGAACAGCGCACCAACCUUUAUGCAUUUUCCAGCAAAGGGAAAGCCAAGAAGAGCGGACACGUUUGACCUACAAAGGAUUGGCUUUGCUUCAGAGCAGCUGGCCAAGUGGAUUGCAGACCGCACAGAUGUCCAGAUCCGUGUCUUCCGUCCACCUAAUUAUUCAGGGACCAUUGCUUUGGCUCUGUUAGUGUCUCUUGUUGGAGGUCUAUUGUACCUGAGAAGAAACAACUUGGAAUUCAUAUACAACAAGACUGGAUGGGCCAUGGCAGCACUGUGUGUUGUUUUUGCAAUGACUUCCGGUCAAAUGUGGAAUCACAUCAGAGGCCCUCCCUAUGCUCACAAAAACCCCCAAAAUGGACAAGUGAGUUACAUCCAUGGCAGCAGUCAGGCUCAGUUUGUGGCGGAGUCUCACAUCAUCCUUCUUCUGAAUGCUGCCAUCACCAUGGGGAUGGUGCUGCUGAAUGAAGCUGCUACCUCCAAGGGUGAUGUCGGCAAAAGGAGAAUUAUUUGCUUGGUUGGCCUUGGACUGGUCGUGUUUUUCUUCAGCUUCCUGCUUUCCAUUUUCAGGUCGAAGUAUCACGGAUACCCUUACAGUUUCCUUAUUAAGUGAAAACAAGGAACGGUAGCUCAUAGAAUGGCCAAGGUGGUGUGUGAAGUCGACCACAUACUUGAAGAGGCGGAAAGCAGCCUUGCUGUUGGAUCUCCAAUUCAUGUUGUAGGUUUUAUGUUAUUUAAAUAAUUAUAAUAAAAGUAAUAAUAAUAAUAACUGUAAACCGAUAGUUAUUGGUAGUAUUGUUUUUGUUCUUGUCAUCGUGGUUGUUGUUGUUAUCAUCUCUGCUAGCUGAAAAGAGAAAGCUCUUCCUUGCGAUGGAAAAUAAAAGCAUUUGUCAGAA